ACUCAGCCACUGCCCGUCGACCAACUGAACGAGGAAAUCAAUAAUGCCAUCGAGAAGGACGAAAGAGAGAUCGAAAUUUCUUCUAUUCCACUCGCCCAAAGGGUGUCUCCUGCCCUCAAGCAGAUUGACCUUUACUGGCUCAAGCGUCCACAUGAAAUACUGAAAACUAUAAUCGAUAGGCCGCAUAGGAGGAUCAAGGAUGGUUCAGUCAGAGUGCCAGAUUUAUGGGUUAGACGAGAAGACAAAUCAAGAAGAUUGCUGACAAUAAAUGGUCGGCAUUGGGUCUACGCGAAACCCACGGAAAAAAUUGACAUGGCAAAGGAAAGACUGGACAUUGAUGUGGUGGACGUUGAUGGUAAAGGCGGCUAUAUCGUCGCUGCUCUUCAUGAGGAGAAUGGCCAAGAAAUCCCCAUAGUUUUGGGCGAAGAUUGCUGCCAGUCCAGGUGUGGCACACUCAAGAGACAUCUCGAAACCUUAUGGAGAGACCGUAAAAUUAACAAAGCUCUCAGACUCACCAGCGAGCACAAGCUCGACCCUAGCAACCCCGUGGACAUUGCAAUGCAUGACGACUUAUCCACCCACCCUUUGGAUGAUGAUUG